GCGACGCAGGUCCAGGGGGCCCAGCCCUAUAAAAACACAGACGAGGGUCUCCUCGCCGACAUUGAUUAUACUGGAUCUGUCCCACCUCAGUACUGUCUAGAAGCACCCCUCAAAGGGAGAAGCAGCAGCCAUGAACCCUCAACAGAUGGAGCAGAUGGGCCAGUUCAGGAUCACAGUCUGGGAGGAGGAGAACUUCCAGGGCAAGCGCUGUGAGUUCAUGCUGGAGUGCCAGAACAUCAUGGAGAGGGGCUUCAACAAGAUCCGCUCCAUCAAGGUUGACAACGGACCGUGGGUGGGCUACGAGUACCCAGAGUUUCAGGGACAGCAAUUUAUCCUGGAGAAGGGAGAUUAUCCUCGCUAUGAGGCUUGGAGUGGAAACAGCAGCUACAGAACCGAGCACAUGCUUUCCUUCAGACCCAUUAAGUGUGCCAAUCACAGUGAUAGCAAGGUGACCCUGUAUGAGUGUGAGGACUUCCAGGGCCGUAAGUUUGAAAUGUGCGAUGACUACCCCUCCCUACAGGCCAUGGGUUGGUGCAGCAAGGAGGUGCCCUCCAUGAAAGUCAACUCAGGAGCCUGGGUGGCCUAUCAGUUCCCUGGCUACCGUGGCUACCAGUACAUCCUGGAGAGAGACAGACACCAAGGCGAGUACAGAAACUACAACGAGUUCAGCACCCAGGCUCACACCAACCAGGUGCAGUCCAUUCGUAGGAUCCAGCACUAGAUCGUCACACUGCCUGCCUGAACCAACUUAAAAAAAAAAAAAGAAACUUCCUUUCUAAUUGCUUCCUCACCUCAAACCCUGGACAGACCUCUGUCACAGAACAGUAGACUAUCUCUUUCGAUCGCUCUGUGGCUCUGGAUGUAUGGAUAUACACUUCUACUACCAUGCUAAAGCAUGUUCUUGAAAUAGGAAAUAAAGCUUUUUCUUCCAAAAUA